AUGGCAAAAGAUGAAGAAGAUUCCACGAGGUCAUGGCGUCUUUUCACUUCUGAAGAUAUGGUUCAAGGUUACAAGCCAAAAAGUGUUAGGAAGCGCAAAAAAAUUGCAGAGAAAGAGAAUGUCUUUGGGAAUGCGGCUAAUAGAUUUUCUUUUCCUCUGAGUCCACUGACACCAAACAGCUUAGGUGCAUCACAAACAGCAAAUACAACUCCUGAGACUUUAAACAGUAGGACAUCCACCUUGGAAUAUGGAGGCCUUGGCAACAGGACUAUUCUUAAUAGCACACCACAAAAUCAAAUAUCAACACCAACAACUCCGCUCUCUAACAUUACUAAUGUCCUGGGAAGUCCACUACUCACUAAUAGGAGCACAACUAAGACAUCCAUUUUGGAAGAUGGAGGCCUUCCGAACAGGACUAUUUUUAAUAAGACAGCGCAAAAUCAAAUCUCAACCCCAAGAACUCCGCUCUCUAACAUUACUAAUGUUCUGGGAAAUCCACUACUUACUAAUAGAAGCACAACCAAUGUACAUUUUGGGAAUGGAACUCAAGAAUCAAGAAAAAACCUUCUCUCCAGCAUUUCAUCUCAUAAUGGAAAACUGAAGGUCGGUGAUAAUUUAACACGUACUGGGAACGCUGUGAAGAAAAGAUUUCAAGAAACAACAAAAAACCUUUUUCCUGAAAGAUCAUCUCAGAAUGAAGAGAAGACCAGAUAUCUGGAAGAUGAUGACAUUGAGUGUUCCAUUGCUACGGACUGUGUGUUAUCUGAAGAUUCCGAUAGUGAAUUCGGUUGUGAUUCUUCCAGCACUGAUGAAGAUUACAACCCUGAAAUGGAUGGACAUUCGGACAGUGAAAGCGAAUUUGAUACAAUCAGAGCACUUCAAGAGGAAUAUGUUAGCCUUGGAAGUCCAGAAUCUAUAUGUCCAAAAUGUAACGCACGGCUUUGGAAAGAAGAGCGCACGAAUAAAAAAGUCACAAAAGGAAGUCCAAUUUUCUCAAUUUGCUGCAAGAAGGGAGAUGUUAGCCUUCCUCCGACUCCUCCCACUCCGGAUUAUCUACUGGAACUCUAUACUAAUAAGGAAACUGCAGCUAAUUUCCAGCGUAGCAUCAGGCUAUACAAUGCCAUGUUCGCUUUUACAUCAACAGGUGGCAAUGUUGACCACUCUAUAAACAAUGGGAGAGGUCCAUAUGUCUACCGACUAAAUGGUCAGAACCAUCAUGUUUUUGGCCAGUUAAUUCCUGAUGAUGGCCAACCACCAAAGUAUUGUCAACUCUACAUUUACGAUACAACCAAUGAAGUUAAUAAUAGACUUCGUUGGGUUAAUGUUGAAGAUCAGAAAACAGUUGAUAAGAAUGUCAUUGAAGGUCUUAUCAGCAUGCUGGAUGAGACCAAUGAAUUGGUUGAGAAAUUCCGUAUGGCAAGAGACAGAUUUGAGCAAGCUGACUUUAUUGAUUUAAAGGUAGAACUCAAGGUCUGCAGAUCACAGAGUGGCAGAGAAAAUCAUAUAUCAUCAUCUGAUGAGGUAGCUGGAAUAAUGGUUGGGAAUUCUGACAACACCACUCCAGAUCGCGACAUAAUAGUAGAGCAGAAAUUUGGUGGCUUAAAGAGAAUAUCGUAUAUUAAUCCGAAGCUCAUGGCUCUGCAAUAUCCUCUUCUCUUCCCAAACGGUGAGGAUGGUUACCACGAUCGGAUACCUUUUCAAAGUGCAGACAAGAAUGCUCCAAAGGAUUCAGACAUGAUUUCAAUGAAGGACUACUAUGCAUACAGAUUUCAAGUUAGAGCAAAUGAAGGCCUGACUCCUAGAUUAGGAGGAAGACUUUUCCAACAGUACAUGGUUGACGCUUUCUCCUCAAUUGAGCAGACGAGGUUGUGGUGGUUUCGUACUCACCAAACAAUAUUGCGUAAUGAAUUGUAUACGCAUAUUUCUGAUUCUGUUAGGAAAGGCGAUGCAAACUCCGCGAAUGUUGGUAAAGGUGUGAUAUUGCCUGCUGGAUAUGUUGGUUCAAAGCGCUACAUGCAGCAAAACUUCCAGGAUGCGCUUGCUGUCUGUCGCCAUGUUGGACACCCUGAUAUUUUUCUGACGAUGACCUGCAAUUCAAUGUGGGAUGAAAUACUUAAGAUGAUGACCUAUGUGCCUUGA